CAAACCAUGGAAUAAACGGCAUUUGUUUUCACUCUGACAUUAUCAAACUCGUACUAAUUUGCUAUUCACGCCAUUUGAUUUUCCACGUUGGAUGUAACAAAACUAUUCAUACAUAAUGAUGAUAAACAGCUGAUCCUAGUUUAUCGCUUUUGAUACAAUGUAACUCUUCCUCCUGAGUGUUCGAAACAGCGGCUCGCUGGAGCAGACAGCUUCAUACUUCCUGAUGUAUGUUUCAACAGCAAAUGGAAACUAUUAUGGAGGAGUUGUUGCAUGAAAUAUCGAGUGCUCCAAAAUGAAAAUAAAUCGUGCGUCUAAGUGACUGACCGGCCAGUUUAACGGCACACAGUAUGCUAAUACACUCUGUUGUUGUUUUCUAGUUUGCUCUGCGGAAUCCUUACCGCCUUCGAGAUGCUUGAGACACCUCCUGGAUAUCCCUUCGAAGAGAUAGAAUAUGAGGACAUAGAAGUUGAAGAGGUAAAUGUCGUAUGAUAGCUACCAAUACUGCCUAUAGUACCAAACAAUUAGCCUUUUGUGGGGGAAAUUGCAGGAACCUUGUUGAAUAGAAUAGAAGUUUAGUGUUUUGAUCAUCCAUGUCACUUCUGUGCCAGUUUCAACUAUGAAGCCAAGAUAGGCUACCUCUUUCAAAACACCAGCAGUAUCUAAUGAUUUGUAGAUUAUACAGAAAAUAACGAGACAGAUCACCACUCAGAAACAUGUCCGAUUAUAACCUAGAGGGGGACCUGUCUGCCCAGGACUCACAGAAGGGACAGAAAUUAAAACACAAUGAUUUAUAUAUACCACCGCGCCUCCAUCUUGGCACUCCCCCACCAUUGUAAAAAAUAUUUUGGAAGUUAUAGAAAUGCAUUUAUGAAUGUCAAUUAUUUAUUUUUUUGCCACGUUUAUUCUGUUACAGACACCUUAAUGCAUACUUUGAAAUUAUAUUAUUUGAGCUAAACAUAAUAAUAUAAAACAAAAUAUAAAAACAUUUUCUUUAACGUAUAAAAAAAAUACUUUAAAUCAUGUGUUUUUGUCCUUGAAACAUUUAAUUGAAAUACUGUAGAAUUCCGUUCAUUCCUAUGGAGGACUGCGUCUUCUGGUGGCUUCAAAGCCUCUCAUUGGCCAAUACAUAGCAUCAGCAAUCCAAGGUUUAUAUACAUUAUUGUGAAAACACAACAUUUUCCUUGAAAGCAUGUUACUAGACCAGAAAAGCAGUGUUUUAUACAUGUGACAUUUGUUUCUUUGUGUAUCUCCAGGUUGUUGGCAGAGGAACAUUUGGAGUUGUAUUUAAGGCCAAAUGGAAAGGCAAAGAUGUUGCCAUCAAGACCAUAGAGAGCGAAUCUGAGAGGAAAGCUUUUGUAGUAGAGGUACAGGAACAUCCUCUCCUUACCUGCUGUAAUGCAUCGUUUUUCAUCUAACCCUGUUUUUUUGGUCUAGUCUAUUGUUGAAAUAAGUUUUGUUAUCCCAAUAUUAACAUUCCCACUAACAUUUAUGGACCUUUUUGAUAUUAGGUAGCAGCAGUCAAAUGAUAUCCAAUUACAAUGUAAACAAAACAAUACAUAUAUGUUAAGAUGGUGAGAUCCGUUUCACUUAUCCAUGUCUCUUCCUCAUCCAGCUCCGCCAGCUUUCUAGAGUAAAUCACCCAAAUAUUGUGAAGCUCUAUGGCUCAUGUGAUAAUCCAGUAAGUACAUUCAGGAGAGUUGUCUUCUUAGUAUGAUUUUCCUGGUGUUCAAUUAUAUACUUUAGGCCCAUGUGUCAUUAUUCAUUUAUUAGUUAGUAUUAUUUAUUAGGACUACAGUUUUUCCUCUAUAUUGACACCACAUUUGCAAUCUCAUACACUAAGUGUUUUUCCCUUUUUAUCACAAUGAUUGUAACGUUCUCACACAGGUGUGUCUUGUUAUGGAAUAUGCUGAGGGUGGCUCCUUAUACAAUGGUAAGAAAUUACUUUUUCAGCUUCAUUUCAACUCAGUAUUUUCUUUAAUGUAAUUUCUUAGCUAUUUCAAUAAGUAUAUUGUUCAUAAUUCUAUUUGCCAACCAUAGCUUGAAGCCCUCAUCUUAGUCUGAGUGCAAUUAUCAGUGUAUCAAUCUCCCACUAUAUUUCUGUGUAGUUGAGUGUGUUGUCUUGUGCAAGUGAUCCUUACUGUAUGUCAUUGUUCAAUCAUGAUCUAUGAGGGUCUGUGCCAGUUACCAUGUUAAUAUUUUAUCUCUGUCUGUUCUGUGCGCCCCACCCGACUUUCUCCCCCUCUCUCUCUCUCUCUCUCUCUCUCGCUCUCGUCUGUGUUGUGUCUGGCCAUUCCCAGUGCUGCAUGGAGCUGAGCCCCUGCCCCAGUACAGUGCAUCCCACACUAUGAGCUGGUGUCUGCAGUGUGCUCAGGGGGUAUCCUAUCUCCACGCCAUGAAACCCAAGGCCCUCAUUCACAGAGACCUCAAACCACCCAAGUAUGGCCCUUUUCUGUGUGCUGUUACUUAACUGCCUGUUUCAGGGUUGCAAAAUUCCGGUAACUUUCCCAAAUUUCCUCAGUUUUCCAGAAAAAAGAUUCCUGGAAUUAUGAGGGGAUAAGCAGGAAAUUCGGGAGUCCUCCAACCAGGAUUUCUGGAAAACCAGGGAAUUGUGGGAAAGUUACCAGAAUUUUGCAAUCUGUUUACAGUACUUAUAUAUCAAAAUAGAAAACAAUUAAUCCUUAAGAGUCUACUGACACAUCUAAGUAACAUAAGAAAAAAAUCCCCAUUAAAAUCUGUCAGUUUAAGAUAGAGAGAUCCGUUUUUUUUGCAUGGGCUGCGUCUCAAUCCACUGCAUCCGCCAAUGUCGGCCUUCCACAUCUGGGGUGGAAGGUGGCCGAACUACAGCUGUGUUUGUCAGACCAUGAGACAUCCCGAAAAUCGGUAUUCUCACAAAAACGUCUGUAGCGUCAAACGAUUAUGACCAAUCUAUGGAAAGGGGAGACUGAUGGACACGAUGGUGUUCUCCAUUUUGCUCUAUGGCCCCACAAGUGUUAUGAGACUCGUCUGAAUUUGGUAACACUGAUAUGCCAACUUCUGUCUGUAGCGUCCCAACCAUUUGAGCUACAAACUAGUAUGACCCCACUAUGGAAAGGGGAGACUCACGUUUUUCUCUUUGAUCCCCACAAGUGUCAUGGGACUUGUCUGAAGGUAACCCAUACAAACAAAUGGAAGUAUGGAGGAAGUUUUGUACCAACAAAAAUACAGGGUUAAAUAUGUGUCCAAAAAAACACAAAUAUUUCCUUAUGAUUUAUUUUUUGACUGUCUUUUUCAAUGCGUUUCUAUGGGCUAUAGUAGUAAAGGCCAAAUUCACUAUUUUAUUUUUGAUACCUAAAGGGGUCCUAAAAUUCAAAAUCAAAUAGCUUAAUGAUCCAUGUUAUGACCACCAUCUUAAAACAAUUCCCCCCAACAGCUUAGACUUUUAGAGGUUAAUGAGGUUGUACUCUCUAAACCUAAACCAUAGCAAUGUGUUUCAGUCUGCUGCUUGUACAGGGUGGCACAGUGUUGAAGAUCUGUGACUUUGGGACAGCCUGUGACAUCCAGACACACAUGACCAACAACAAAGGAAGUGCAGCGUGGAUGGCACCAGAAGUGUUUGAAGGCAAGUAACCUUUAGCAAGGGGUUUUCCUCCUUUCAUUCAAAAGCAGAAGACCAAAAUGGACCAAGCACCUAGUCUCUCUGUCUCGCCAAUCGAACAUUCUAGGGUCUCACUCUAACCUUUAUUCCUUCACUCACCUGUAUCUCUCUCUGUGACUCUGUUGUCCAGGCAGUAACUACAGUGAGAAGUGUGAUGUGUUCAGCUGGGGCAUCAUCCUGUGGGAGGUGAUCACUCGUAGAAAACCCUUUGACGAGAUUGGAGGAUCGGCCUUCUGCAUCAUGUGGGCCGUGCACAGAGGUGAGAGGUUACCGAGCCAUAGACGCUUAGUGUAGUUACAUUCACACAGAGGAAUAAAACCGAAACAGCAAAAUGAAGUGAAAUAUAGGUUUGAAAGAAAACCUCACCUAGUUGUUAGAUGAAGGAGAGAAGAUGAAUAGAGGAAGCCACUAGGCUAUUGACAUUCCCCCACUGACAUGCCAGUCUCUUGUAUGGGUUCUCAGGGACUCGGCCCCCCCUGAUAAAGGACCUCCCGGAGCCCAUAGAGAAUCUGAUGACACACUGCUGGGACAAAGACCCUGCCCAGAGGCCCUCCAUGGAGGAGGUCAAGCACACCAUGGCAAGCCUCAUGAAGGUACAGUACUGGAAAACCCCACAGCCCCAUGUGAUCAGAACUUCACACUCACAGCACUAAUAAUAACCCAUAAUAACCUGCAAUUGAACAACUUAUUUCUUAGUUAUUAUCAAGUGGUGUCUGUGUUCCACAGUUUAUGAGCGUUUGAUUUUAGAUAUGCGAUUACUGUUAGCAUUGUGUACUCUUCCUCCAUGUGUCUGCAGUACUUCCCAGAGUCUGAUGAGCCUCUCCAGUACCCUCACCAGUGUCCAGGCAACAGUAGGAGUGGCUCCUCCUCAGCCACAAGCACAGGUCAGUCCCAUAGAUUUAGGUACCCUAUGAAGGUUGAUGGAUUACACAGUGAGGGAAAAAAGUAUUUGAUCCCCUGCUGAUUUUGUAUGUUUGCCCACUGACAAAGACAUGAUCAGUCUAUAAUUUUAAUGGUAGGUUUAUUUGAACAGUGAGAGACAGAAUAACAACAAAAAUCCAGAAAAACGCUUGUCAAAAAUGUUAGAAAUUGAUUUGCAUUUUAAUAAAAAUAAGUAUUUGACCCCUCUGCAAAACAUGACUUAGUACUUGGUGGCAAAACCCUUGUUGGCAAUCACAGAGGUCAGAGGUUUCUUGUAGUUGGCCACCAGGUUUGCACACAUCUCAGGAGGGAUUUUGUCCCACUCCUCUUUGCAGAUCUUCUCCAAGUUAUUAAGGUUUCGAGGCUGACGUUUGGCAACUCGAACCUUCAGCUCCCUCCACAGAUUUUCUAUGGGAUUAAGGUCUGGAGACUGGCUAGGCCACUCCAGGACCUUAAUGUGCUUCUUCUUGAGCCACUCCUUUGUUGCCUUGGCCGUUUGUUUUGGGUCAUUGUCAUGCUGGAAUACCCAUCCACGACCCAUUUUCAAUGCCCUGGCUGAGGGAAGGAGGUUCUCACCCAAGAUUUGACAGGACAUGGCCCCGUCCAUCGUCCCUUUGAUGCGGUGAAGUUGUCCUGUCCCCAUAGCAGAAAAACACCCCCAAAGCAUAAUGUUUCCACCUCCAUGUUUGACGGUGGGGAUGGUGUUCUUGGGGUCAUAGGCAGCAUUCCUCCUCCUCCAAACACGGCGAGUUGAGUUGAUGCCAAAGAGCUCGAUUUGCUUUGUGCUUUCUUGAGCAGGGGGACCUUGCGGGCGCUGCAGGAUUUCAGUCCUUCACGGCGUAGUGUGUUACCAAUUGUUUUCUUGGUGACUAUGGUCCCAGCUGCCUUGAGAUCAUUGACAAGAUCCUCCCGUGUAGUUCUGGGCUGAUUCCUCACCGUUCUCAUGAUCAUUGCAACUCCACGAGGUGAGAUCUUGCAUGGAGCCCCAGGCCGAGGGAGAUUGACAGUUCUUUUGGGUUUCUUCCAUUUGCGAAUAAUCGCACCAACUGUUGUCACCUUCUCACCAAGCUGCUUGGCGAUGGUCUUGUAGCCCAUUCCAGCCUUGUGUAGGUCUACAAUCUUGUCCCUGACAUCCUUGGAGAGCUCUUUGGUCUUGGCCAUGGUGGAGAGUUUGGAAUCUGAUUGAUUGAUUGCUUCUGUGGACAGGUGUCUUUUAUACAGGUAACAAGCUGAGAUUAGGAGCACUCCUUUUAAGAGUGUGCUCCUAAUCUCAGCUCGUUACAUGUAUAAAAGACACCUGGGAGCCAGAAAUCUUUCUGAUUGAGAGGGGGUCAAAUACUUAUUUCCCUCAUUAAAAUGCAAAUCAAUUUAUAACAUUUUUGACAUGCGUUUUUCUGGAUUCUUUUGUUGUUAUUCUGUCUCUCACUGUUCAAAUAAACCUACCAUUAAAAUUAUAGACUGAUCAUUUCUUUGUCAGUGGGCAAACGUACAUAAUCAGCAGGGGAUCAAAUACUUUUUUCCCUCACUAUAUAAACAGUUGGUGACAAGUAACACUUUACAUUCUAUUAAAAUUAUGCUAUGUUGUAAUUUAUUUCGAAAAUGCAUAUUAAUGAAGUUCAGAAGAUUCUGUUAUUGCAGAAGUUUCUGUAAAAACAUCCUCUCUUCUGUAGGUUCCUAUGCAGACAACACUAUCAACAGCUACAGAACUGAAAGCAACAUGGAACACGGAACAAACUGUCAAGGGAGAGAUGACACCCUGAAAAUCACUGAAGCUAGAUUUCCACUUCAGUUCAAACCAUCAAAGGUAAUGCAGUUAUAGUUGGAGUAAUAAGUUAUCCCAUCCAUACCAAUGUUCAUGCUGUUCAUGUUCCUUUUCAGGGGGGUACAUUACGCCCCAGCCUGCCCUUGUCCAGAAGGGCUAGUGUGGAAAGCCUGCCUGAGCGUGAGCGUACCCAGAGUCCUGCCCCCACUGAGUUCAAAGGGCAAUGUGCUGACCAAUCGGGGCUAGAGCUGAGGGUGCCUAUCAGUCCCACAGGUAUGGGCCCUAUUUAGUAUUGGUUGUCACAAUAGAGCCAGCUUACCAAAGAUGUUAAAUGACCGGAAACUACUUUAUGUCUGACACAAUAUGUCACUGCAGUGUUCACCAGGGGGCAGUACCGUACAACAUACAGUAUACAUUUUAUGCUUACCAGUACGUUUUCUAUGUCCUCAGAUAUGAAUGGCUUGGACAGCUCCAUCCCCAUGGCUUAUCUGACACUGGAUCACCAGCUGCAGGUACUGUAGGAAUGGGGAGUUAUUUCUCCAUUCAUCCUCAACGCUGACUGAUACUAAAUACUAUUGAUACUGAUAACCAAUCAGCCACGUUUGACAUACUAUCUAAAAGCCUACUUACUACCUUUUUUGGAUUUCAUGUGUCCUCUACUUGAAAUAUGUUAAAAAAGUUAAGUACUGUACAUUACAUAAGAACGAUGUGACAAAUUGUAAGUGCAUGAUGGUGAUGUGUGUUUCUGGGUUGUGUUUAGCCCCUGGCCCCGUUCUCUAACUCCAAAGAGUCCAUGGCUGUGUUUGAGCAGCACUGCAGAAUGGCCCAGGAGUACCUUAAAGUGCAGACUGAAAUCGCCCUGCUCACCCAAAGAAAGUAUGUCACAUAUUACCAUAUGUACAGUGCCUUCAGAAAGUAGUCAUACCCCUUCACUUAUUCAUUUUGUUGUGUUACAGCCUGAGUUCAAAUUUGAAUACAUUGAUAUUUUUCUCUCACCCAUCUACACACACUACCCCAUAAUCACUGACUAAAAAAAACAUGUUUUUAGACAUUUUUGCAAAUUUAGUGAAAGUAAAAUACAGAAAUCUAAUUUACAUAAGUAUUCACACCCCUGAGUUAAUGCUUUGUAGAAGCACCUUUAGAGGCAAUUUACAGCUUUGAGUCGUCUUGGGUAUGUCUGAAUCAGCUUUGCACAUCUGAAUUUGGGGAUUUUCUCUUUGGGGAUUUUCUCAAGAUUUGUUAAGUUAUAUAGGGAGCGGCAGUGAACAACAAUCUUCAAGUCUUUCCACUGAUUUUCUAUGGGAUUCACGUCUGGGCUUUGGCUGGGCCACUCAAGGACUUUCACAUUCUUGUUCUGAAGCCAUUCCAGCAUUGCUGUGGCUGUAUGCUUAGGGUCAUUGUCCUGUUGGAAUGGAAAUCUUCAUCCCAGUCUAAAGUUGUUUGCACUUUGAAGCAGGUUCUCAUCAAGUAUUUGCCUGUAUUUGGCUCCAUUCAUUGUUCCCUCUAUCCUUACCAGUCUCCCAUUUCCUGCCACUGAAAAGCAUGCCCAUAGCAUGAUGUUGCCACCACCAUGCUUCACUGUAGGGAUGGUGUUCUACGGGUGAAGAGCUUUGCCUGGUUUUCUCCAGACAUAGUGCUUUGCAUUCAGGCCAAAGAGUAACAUUUGUCUCAUCAGACCACACAAUCUUUUGCCUUAUGAUCUCAGAGUCUUUCACGUGCCUUUUUGCUAACUCCAGGUGUGCUGUCAUGUGGCUUGUUCCAUCUGGCCACUCUCCCAUAAACCCCAGAUUGGUGCUGUAAAGACUGUUGUCUUUCUGGCAUGUUCUCCCAUUUGUAUUUGUAUUUAUUAUGGAUCCCCAUUAGCUGCUGCCAAGGCAUCAGCUACUGUUCCUGGGGUCCGGGAAAAUUAAGGCAGUUAUACAAUUUUAAUAACAUUACAAUACAUUCAUUACAGAAUUCACAACACACUAAGUGUGUGCCCUCAGGCCCAUACUCCACUACCACAAAUCUACAACACAAAAUCCAUGUGUACGUGUGUGUAUAGUGCGUAUGUUAUCGUGUGUGUGUUACGAACCCCGUGGCUUUAAACGUCUAGGGUGGAUGGACAAGAGACCCGUAACAUAAUUCAUGCAAAUUAGAAUCGUGACAUGGAACAGUGAGAACAAAAACUACACGACAACCAUAAACUACCGUCAAACAUAAAAUGUUUAUUUUUGAACACACGGUAAAGGUUUGGGAAAAAGGGCUGAGCAGGACCCAAGAAAUGAAACAAUAGUGUAAAACACCCCUAAACUGAUCUUGCCUGCCUCAAGAACCGCUAAGCUACUGCUAAUCAUACAAAAAUUACAGUGGGUGGUCCGCUCAGGUCUAACUAGUGUUUUUAGACAGUUUUCUUCCUACGGGUAAUGUACGCUCAAGGGCAACUUGCUUAAAUUCCCCUUUUCCCAGAAACACACAACAAAGUUACCAAACAGAGUAACCAGCAAAUGAGUGAGUACACAGGACACCACAGUAUCCAUACUCACAUACGGAAAUAGUCUCUCUCUACAAACACAACUGACUGGCUUUUAAACAAUGGGAUGUGUGAUUGAAAAACCAGAAACAGGUGGUGCAAUGCAGAGGAAUGUCCACUGAUUGGUCCACCUCAGCAAUCAGCAGACACCCCAACGACCACCAAUCAGGAACAUACAGGACACCUGUGUUUAGGGCAGAAGGAGAGGAAAAACACAAAAAGACACAGGAUACCUGUAUCCGUAACAGUGUGGAAGCAUGUGUCUGUGCCUAUGUUUGUGUUGCUUCACAGUCCCCAGUGUUCCAUAAGGUGUUUCUGUUUUUAAAUCUGAUUCUGCUGCUUGCAUCAGUUACCUGAUGUGGAAUAGAGUUCCAUGUAGUCAUGGCUCUAUGUAGUACUGUGCGCCUCCCAUAGUCUGUUCUGGACUUGGGGACUGUGAAGAGACCUGGUGGCAUGUCUUGUGGGGUAUGCAUGGGUGUCUGAGCUGUGUGCUAGUCAUUUAAACAGACAGCUCGGUGCUUUCAACAUGUCAAUACUGUAAGUCGCUCUGGAUAAGAGCGUCUGCUAAACGACUAAAAUGUAAAAUGUAAAAUGUAAUACCUCUUACAAAUACAAGUAGUGAUGAAGUCAAUCUCUCCCCUACUUUGAGCCAGGAGAGAUUGACAUGCAUAUUAUUAAUGUUUGCUCUCUGUGUACAUCCAAGGGCCAGCCGUGUUGCCCUGUUCUGAGCCAAUUGCAAUUUUCCUAAGUCCCUCUUUGUGGCACCUGACCACACAACUGAACAGUAGUCCAGGUGCGACAAAACUAGAGCCUGUAGGACCUUCCUUGUUGAUAGUGCUGUUAAGAAGGUAGAGCAGCGCUUUAUUAUGGACAGACUUCUCCCCAUCUUAGCUACUGUUAAGAAGGAAGAGCAGCGCUUUAAUAUGGACAGACUUCUCCCCAUCUUAGCUACUGUUGUAUCAAUAUGUUUUGACCAUGACAGUUUACAAUCCAGGGUUACUCCAAGCAGUUUAGUCACCUCAACUUGCUCAAUUUCCACAUUCUUUAUUACAAGAUUUAGUUGAGGUUUAGGGUUUAGUGAAUGAUUUGUCCCAAAUACAGUGCUUUCAAUUUUUUAAAUAUUUAGGACUAACUUAUUCCUUGCCACCCAUUCUGAAACUAACUGCAGCUCUUUGUUAAGUGUUGCAGUAAUUUCAGUCACUGUAGUAGCUGACGUGUAUAGUGUUGAGACAUCCGCAUACAUAGACACUCUUUACUUAGUUAUAAUUGAAAAAAGUAAGGGGUAGCUGCCCUGGAGAAUUCCUGAUUCUACCUGGAUUAUGUUUGAGAGGCUUCCAUUAAAUAACACCCUCUGUGUUCUGUUAGACAGGUAACUCUUUAUCCACAGUAUAACAGGGGGUGUAAAGCCAUAACACAUGUUUUUCCAGCAGCAGACUAUAAUCGAUAAUGUCAAAAGCAGCACUGAAGUCUAACAAAACAGCCCCCACAAUCUUUUUAUCAUCAAUUUCUCUCAGCCAAUCAUCAGUCAUUUGUGUAAGUACUGUGCUUGUUGAAUGUCCUUCCCUAUAAGCGUGCUGAAAGUCAAUUUGUUUACUGUAAAAUAGCAUUGUAUCUGGUUAAACACAAUUUCUUCCAAAACUACAAAGGGUUGGUAACAGGCUGAUUGGUCGGCUAUUUGAGCCAGUAAAGGGGGCUUUACUAUUCUUAGGUAGCAGAAUGACUUUUGCUUCCCUCCAGGCCUGAGGGCACACACUUUCUAGUAGGCUUAAAUUGAAGAUAUGGCAAAUAGGAGUUGCAAUAUCGUCCGCUAUUUUCCUCAGUAAUUUUCUAUCCAAAUUGUCAGACCCCGGUGGCUUGUCAUUGUUGAUAGACAACAAUCAUUAUUUCACCUCUUCCACACAAAUGACAAUUCUUGUCUUUCAUAAUUUGGUCAGAUAUACUUGGAUGUGUAGUGUCAGUGUUUGUUGCUGGCAUGUCAUGCCUAUGUUUGCUAAUCUUGCCAAUGAAAAAAUCAUUAAAGUAGUUGGCAAUAUCAGUAAUGAAUGAGCCAUCUGAUUCAAUAAAUGUAGUUGAGUGCCUUUUUUCCCCAUUUCAUCCCCAAAAAAGCAUUUACAUGUCAUUCUUUAAGAUUUUUCUUUGAAUCUAUUGUAGCUCCCAUUUUUUAUUCUGAGCACAAUUACUCAACAGCAAAUAGUCCACCUGUUGGACAAUUUCAAAGCAGAAUAAAUACAUUGUAAUUACAUAGUGAUUAUAAAACGUACAUUUUCAGAAAACUAUUUAGUCACUUUCUCAACAAUAUAUUUUAGUUUAUGGGAAAAGUAUUUGGAUAAUAAUGAAAUUAUGGCAAACUAUUUGUUUCUCUAUAAAAUCUGCGAGAGUUGCACUUUCUUUUCUAAAUAAAAUCUAACAAAAAAGAUAUCUGGUCAAACUUUCAAACAAUACUAUUUGGCCCUCAUUUGUUUAUAAAGGAAUCACACAAAAGAUUUUGCUAACUUGUGAAAAUAAUUUGUUUAUUUUCACAGAACAUGAAAAUAACAGGGUGGACAGUGACAUGACAGGGUGGACCCUGGGCAUUACAGGGUGGACGCGUUGUGAAAUGUCAUUGAAUGGCCUCAUAAAUGCAAGGAACAAUGCAAGAAAAUGAUGUAAAAAAUGCCUUUUCCCAUGUAGGGGGAAAUUACAAGUUGAACAGACUGUUUUUGAUCCACUCUACCUGCAUGCAGCCACUGAAUAAAGAUGCCCAAAAUGAGACAUUAAUGUGGCCUUCUAGCGUUAAACUCUGUACAUCAUUCUGCACAGUGAAAGUCAAACAUUCAACUGUAGAACAAGAAGAAAAAUGUUUUUUAAGUUGAGAACAGUUGAUUUGAAAAAACAGAAUAUUACAGAAAGAUCACUUGGACGCAUCUCCAAACAGUCUCUCCCUUUCUGCAGAGACAUGGCUCAGUUCUGCAGUUUCUGUUCCACAUACUUCCAUGCAGACACUUCAAUCUGUACAGAGCGCUUGUUCAGAGCCUGUGGUUCUGGUAUUAGGCAAAGUACCUGCCAGUCAUGGUACCAACAGAUGUCGUCCCGAAGACUUGGCCAUUUGAACUUGUUUAUACCAUGGCGUUGCAUACACUUAACUUUCACACUGUGCCCUUCUGCAUCCAUGAUGAUACCUGGGUAUGCUUCAUUGUCAUAAUUAACGACGCACCACUCUCCAAUGUGCUUUACCUCAAUCAUUUCUGGUCUCCUAGGAUUAUCUGGUGUCUUUCCACAUGCUGGGGACUUGUCAGAUGAAACAGGAACAU